CCUCUCUUUCUUAGUUGCAAAAAAAAAAAAAAAAUAGAAAAAAUGUUCUGCAGCUGGGCUGCACCUCAAUGAAUGAAUUGGUGCACUGUGAGCCACCACCAUCUACCCACUGGAUUUCCAUUUAUUCCCGGCAUCCAUCCCGAACAUAUGAAUCUGCUUAGACAGAGCCUUUUAAGGAGUUGAAAAGAUCAGGUCGGAGAAAAUGGCACAACGCGUGGUUUUCUUUUUGCUGUGGCUCUUUGACCAGACCUCAGCCGGAUUUCCGAAUCAGAUUAACAUCGGGGGACUGUUCAUGCGAUCCACGGUGCAGGAGCACAGCGCGUUCAGGUUUGCUGUCCAACUCUACAACACCAACCAAAACACCACCGAGAAGCCCUUCCACCUCAACUACAACGUCGACAAUCUCGAGUCGUCCAACAGCUUCUCGGUCACCCAUGCAUUUUGCUCCCAGUUCUCCCGUGGGGUGUACGCCAUCUUCGGAUUCUACGACAAGAAGUCCAUGAACACCUUGACCUCCUUCUGCGGCGCUCUGCACACCUCCUUUGUCACGCCCAGUUACCCCACCGAUAACGAGGUGCAGUUUGUCAUCCAGAUGCGGCCGACCCUGAGAGGUGCUGUGCUCAGCCUGCUCUCCUACUACAAGUGGCAGAAGUUUGUUUACCUCUAUGACACCGAUCGAGGUUUUUCCAUCCUGCAGGCUAUUAUGGAGGCAGCAGUGGCCAACAACUGGCAGGUGACUGCUCGCUCUGUCAGCAGCACAACGAACGCAACAGAGUUCAAGCAAGUCAUUGAAGAGAUGGACAGGAGGCAGGAGAAGCGCUAUGUGAUCGACUGCGAGGUGGACCGUAUCGAUACUAUAUUGGAACAGGUUGUGACCGCGGGGAAGAACAGCCAUGGUUACCACUACAUUCUGGUCAAUCUUGGAUUUUCGAAUGUGAGUAUGGGCAAAGUCAUUGCUGGAGGAGCCAACAUUUCAGGGUUUCAGAUCGUCAACCCUGAGAACCCAAUUGUGCAGCAGUUCAAACAGCGAUGGGACCAGCUGGAUGAAAGAGAAUUCCCAGAAGCUCGCAACGCUCCUCUGAAGUACACCUCUGCUCUGACCCACGACGCCAUCCUAGUGAUAGCCGAGGCAUUCAGGUACCUGAGGCGCCAACGUGUAGACGUCUCUCGUCGAGGCAGCGCAGGAGACUGUCUGGCAAAUCCCGCCGUACCCUGGAGCCAGGGCAUAGACAUCGAGAGAGCUCUGAAAACGGUCCAGCUGCAGGGGAUGACUGGGAAUAUCCAGUUUGACAACUAUGGCCGCAGGACCAAUUACACAAUAGAGAUACAUGAAAUGAAAAAGGAUGGGCCAAAGAAGAUUGGUUGCUGGAACGAGUACACAGGAUUUGUAAAUAUUAUGGAUCCUCAGGUCAACAUCUCAGAGGAAAACCGAACCAUUGUGGUCACUACUAUUAUGGAAGCUCCUUAUGUGAUGUACAAGAAAAAUUAUAUGCAUCUGGAGGGGAAUGACAGAUAUGAAGGCUACUGCGUCGAUUUAGCAUCUGAGAUUGCCAAACAUGUUGGAAUUAAGUACAAACUGUCAAUAGUAAUGGACGGCAAGUAUGGAGCCCGAGACCCUGAGACCAAGACGUGGAACGGGAUGGUGGGUGAACUGGUCUAUGGGAGGGCAGAUAUAGCCGUUGCGCCUCUCACCAUUACUCUGGUUCGAGAGGAGGUGAUAGACUUUUCCAAGCCCUUUAUGAGCUUGGGCAUCUCCAUUAUGAUAAAGAAGCCACAAAAAUCCAAGCCUGGCGUUUUCUCCUUCCUGGACCCGCUGGCCUAUGAGAUCUGGAUGUGUAUAGUGUUUGCCUACAUUGGUGUGAGCGUGGUACUGUUCCUGGUCAGUCGGUUCAGCCCGUAUGAGUGGAACCUUGAGGAGCAGGAUGAGACCAAAGACCCCCAGACUCCCCCCGAUCCUCCCAAUGACUUUGGCAUCUUCAACUCUCUGUGGUUCUCACUGGGCGCCUUCAUGCAGCAGGGCUGCGACAUCUCUCCAAGGUCUCUUUCAGGGCGUAUUGUUGGUGGUGUUUGGUGGUUCUUCACCCUCAUCAUCAUCUCCUCCUACACUGCCAACCUGGCUGCCUUCUUGACUGUGGAGAGAAUGGUGUCACCUAUAGAGAGUGCAGAGGAUCUAGCAAAGCAGACAGAGAUUGCGUACGGCACUCUGGACUCAGGCUCGACAAAAGAGUUUUUCAGGCGAUCCAAAAUAGCGGUGUACGAGAAGAUGUGGUCUUACAUGAAAUCCGCAGAGCCCAAUGUGUUUGUGAAGACCACGCCAGAUGGCGUCGCCCGAGUGCGAAAGUCAAAGGGCAAGUUUGCCUUUCUCCUUGAGUCCACGAUGAACGAGUACAUCGAGCAGCGGAAGCCGUGCGACACCAUGAAAGUGGGAGGGAACCUCGACUCCAAAGGCUACGGUGUGGCGACGCCCAAAGGCUCAGCAUUAAGAAAUGCUGUUAACCUGGCAGUUUUAAAACUGAAUGAGCAAGGCCUCUUGGACAAAUUGAAAAACAAAUGGUGGUACGACAAGGGAGAGUGCGGCAGCGGGGGAGGUGACUCCAAGGACAAGACAAGUGCUCUCAGCCUAAGCAAUGUGGCAGGAGUCUUCUAUAUUCUGGUUGGAGGGCUGGGGCUGGCUAUGAUGGUGGCUCUCAUAGAGUUCUGUUAUAAAUCACGACAAGAAACCAAACGGCUAAAAUUGGCCAAGAAUACCCAGAAUUUUAAGCCGGCUCCCCCGACCAACACCCAGAACUUUGCCACAUACAGAGAAGGCUACAACGUGUACGGAACCGAGAGCGUUAAGAUCUAGAGGUUUACGAAACAUUUGAGCCGUCAUCUACAACUGUGACUAAACAUCUGUGAAAGGCACAGGACCACAGGGGUUUGUGCUUCAUGACAUGAUAAUCUGCAUUGACGACACGACUUGACAGGUCAUGGGAAAAGCCGAUGAGGUUUCCUCCGCCUCUCAGUGCCUUAUGGAACUCUGAGUCUAAACAAUGCAACUCGAUCACAAUGAUAAUGCUUUUUUGCUUGAAACUCAUACGAAACAGAAGAAUGAUGCUAAGUUAAAACACACAUUAUAUAUAUAUAUACAUAUAUACUGUAUAUAUGUAUAUAUAUAUACACAGUAUAUAUAUAUAUAUAUACAUAUAUAUAUAUAUAUACUGUAUAUAUGUAUAUAUAUAUACACAGUAUAUAUAUAUAGAAAGGAGAGAAUAAAGCCAUCAUUUACAACUCUUAAGCACAUUUUGAAGUGCCAGAAAGACAAUGUAUAAUACAUGACAAUUGGUUUUCUUGUAAUCAAUAUGAUCAAAUUACUCAUCAUCCUUCUGCUGCCAGAUUUCCACUGGUUCAAUGUGCUAAAUUUAUUUUACUAGAUCUACUCAGUGCACUGUAGGACACUGGUUCUUAGAUAAUAGCUUUUUAUGCUGCUGUGAAUCCCUUCGAAUGACCAUGAACUUGAAGAGGAAAGAUCUGUUGCAUUGGAGCGAAGUGCUUGUCAAGCUCGAAACAAAGAUGCGUGUUGUUUGUACUUAGAACUCUGGUGCUGCUGCCAACGUUGUCUUCGGGAAAGUCUGAUGGGACUCCGGAAGGAAGGAAGAAGAUGACAUGAAGCAGGACCUGAUUCCCACUUCCAAUACUGCCAAGAGUGUGUUUUGUAUGACAAUGAUUAUGUAGUCUGGCUAAAGAAAAUGCGUUUGGGAUAUAUAUGAUUUGUAAAAUACCAAGGAGGUUUUGAUGCUCUGAAAAGUCUUUCCCUGAAACCUAGAUUAAUUCAAGUCUUCUUUACAUCAAAGUAAAACCAAACAUAUGGGUACUUCAGUUGUGAAUUAACUGUAGUCCGAUUAAAGGCUUGCAGUAAAGUUUUUUUCUGUAUUUUUUUGAUUUCUUGGAUUUUAUGUCAAAUUGCACAUUUUCCAAUGAGCUGUGGUUUGCUUUCAAAAAUGAUUUUCUUCCAUGAAAAUUAAAGUGUUUAGUGAUUUUACUUAGUAAAUGAAAAAUAUAUAAAUACAACAAAAAAAUAGACUUUUUAUAAGAUGACACUGGGGCAUCUCCUGGAGCUUAGCACAUUUCCAUACUGCUGUAAUCAAUUGUGUUCUUUCAUAAAGACUGUGAUUCCAUAGGAUUUAGGAGGAUAUUUAUCUAAUUACCUAAAGCUAUGGGCAGAUAGUUUUAUAUUAAAAAAGAUACAAUGUGAAGACAAAUAAAGAGUAAGCAGGAGAGAUGUGUAUAUUUAGACAAAUGAGAAUUACUUAUUAACUUUAUGACAGAUUGGGUUUUCCCUUCUUACAUUAUUUUUUUUUUUUUUUCUAAAGAACUGCAUGUGAAAAUCAGUGAUGCUUGAUGAGCCCUGCUACGCACAAACUGAUCCUAGGUUUAAUGCUAGAAAUAAAGUCCUGAUUCUUUAAAAAAAAAACAAAAAAAAACUUGUUUGAAUUUGUUUUGAUUUUUAGUAGGUGUCACCUCCUGCAGAAAUAACCAGAUAAAAAAAAACAAGACAAACAAAUGAAAUCACCAAGCGUCGUAGUGGUUACAAAAGAUGCAUGCAUAAAUUGCUGAACCUCAUCGAAGGAGGUGCUGUACAAAGAAUUUUAAUACAUUUUUGUAAAUAAAAUGUACAGAAAGGUC